AAUUGUGAUAUUCCAUAUAAUAUCACAAAUGGAGUUGAAACCCAGUUGCAAAAAAAGACAAUAACAUCUUACUUCCAAAAAAAAAUCUCAGUUAUUGAAGAUUCACAAAUUGUAUUAUCUCCUCAUCCAAUCCCCAGUUCCAGUGAGGUGUUUACUUUGUAUGAUGAGCAAAUCUCCAAUAUUGAAGAUUCACAAAUUGUAUUAUCUUCUCAUCCAAUCCCCAGUUCCAGUGAGGCGCUUACUUUGCAUGAUGAGCAAAUCUCCAAUAUUGAAGAUUCACAAAUUGUAUUAUCUCCUCAUCCAAUCCCCGGUUCUAGUGAGGCACUUACUUUGCAUGAGGGAAUAAAUUAUGAGGAUAUUCAAAGUCCAAGUCUUAUUCAGCUAUACAAAAAAAAGGAACCAAAUGACCCUUUUCACUUUAUUAGGAUGACAAAUAUUUUGAUAAAUUUCAUAAUUGCUGUAGGCCCUUGUCAGCCAUGUACAAAUAAAUUUCAAUAUCCUGUUACUAACAAGAGGAGCAUGAAUAUAACCUAUUAUAGAAAGGUUAAUAUAGAUGGUUCCCUCAACCCCAGAAAUUGGCUAUCUUAUAGCACUACUUUAGACAAAGUCUUUUGUCUAUAUUGUAUUAUGUUUGGUGGCCCUAAGUCCAAUACUUUUUUGACUCAACAUGGGGUAAAUAAUUGGAAAAACAUAAAGCGUGACUUAGAGAGACACGAAGCAUCUUCUCUUCAUAAAGAUUGUGAAUAUGCAAACAUGACUUGGCUUGCAAAUAAACGCAUUCAAGAUCAUUUGCUAUCAAAUAAGCUUGAUAUAAUCAUGGAAAAUCCCUUUUGGGGUUCUAAUUCGAAUGAAGGUAAUUUUAUGUGUCUCAUAAAAUUAAUGGCAAAAACGGUUCCAACUUUACGUGCAUACAUGGAUAACAACGAAAAAUUGCGGAGAAAAAAAUCAGAUAAAAUUUCGAGACCUUAUAUAAAUUUACUGUCAUAUGGCCACGUGAAAAAAAUAACUGAAAUUAUUAAGAUAAAAAUAACAAAAAGCAUUAUUCAAACAAUUAAAGAGAAUCGUGCCUAUAGCAUCAUAUUAGAUGGAACAUAUGAUGUGUCUAAAAAAGAAUGCAUAGCUUUGCUUGUACGGUAUAUAGAAGAUGAUCUUCCACAUCCUGUAGAAAGGAUCAUACAUGUUUUUACAACAUCAGAAAUCACUGGGGAAAAUAUAAGAAACAUGUUUUUUCUAAGUUUAAUGAUCUUGGUCUUCCUCUUGAUUAUUUGGUUGGACAAAGUAUGGAUGGUGCAGGGAAUAUGAGAGGAGUAUACAAAGGAAUGCAGGCUUUAAUAUUGAAAGAGGCUCCAAAAGCCAUCUAUAUUUGGUGCCAUGCACAUCGGCUAAAUUUAGUAGUUGCUCAUGUUUGUGGAUGCAAAAUUGAAAUGAAAAAGGCAAUGGGAAUAUUAGAUGAGUUAUAUAAUUUUAUGAAUGGAGUUAGACGUCAAGGUGUGUUUGUUAAAUAUCAAAUGAGAAAGUCCAAGAAAUCUCUUAAAAGAAUUAAAAACACAACAAGAAAUUGGUCAUCAUCCUACAAAUCUGUAGAAAUCUUUUUAGAUGUUUAUGAACAUAUUUUAGCAUCAUUAGUUGAAUUAAAAGAUUCUAAUGACCCAAGCACCUCUUCCAUUGCCGAUGGGUUAUUAUCAAGAAUUAAAGAUGAAAAUUUUAUAUUAAGUCUUUUUAUUUUGAAAGAAAUAUUGAAAUGUACACAUGAGGCUUGUAUUGAAAUGCAGGCAGUUGGUAAUGAUUUGGCUUUGGUAACCAAAUUAAUACAACAUACAAAAAAUAAAUUACAAAAACUAAAAGCUAAUGGAGACAAUAUAUUUUUAAAAUUACAUUCCUAAUCUAAUAGUUUUUUGAAAAAGAAUAAUGUAAUAACUGAUUUGUAUAAUAUGAAAUCAAUAUUCAAAUUGGAUCAAACAGAAUUCAAUAAUUAUGUUGAACAAAAAAAAACAAAUAUAGAACGGAAAUAUUUUUCCCUGUUCUAAAUGCAAUAAUUAAUCACCUAAAUGAUCGAUUUAAUUAUGAUUGUUUAAAUUUUUUAUCACAGAUAUCCAUUUUUACUCCCGCUGGAAUUAUGGAUAAUGAAAAAAUAGAAGGAUGGCAAAUAUCCGAAAUUUGUAAUACUUAUCAAUUGGAUGUCCAAAACAUUGUUGAUGAAUAUAAUGAUUUUCGCUCUUUAUAUUUGGAGUCUCAAUCAAUCAUUUUUUGCGAAGAUCUUUUAAAAGUUAAAAAAAAUGACGCGUUAUAUAUAGAUGAAAGUAUUGCAAACGAUCAAAUUGCCAAAGAAAAUAUCAACAGCGAAAUCAUGACCAAAAUAAAAAAAUGGAUAAAAUUUUCUUUUAUAUUACCAUACCGACUUUUAAAUCAAUUAAAUUCUUAUUCAAAUUUAAAUUUAUUAUAUAAAUAUUUAUUAACCCUUCCUACAACUUCCUGUUCAGCCGAAAGAGCCAUGAGUAAAGUAAAAAUUAACAAAACUUGAAUGCGGAAUAAAAUUUCGGACCCAUUUUUGGAAAAUUUACUGUUAAUAUCCAGCGAAAUUGAUGUUUUUGAAAAAUUUACAAUUGAUGAUAUUAUAACACAAUUUGCUUUAACAUCAAUAAGGUUAUCCAAAUUAUUAAUAAAAUAAUUAAUGUAUCUUUUUCACAGCGAAUAUAUAGGCUUUUAAAUAAUGUAUAUUUAAUUUAACAUUUUAUAAUUUCAAUGCAAAAUAUACUAUAAUUCAUUUUAUUCUAAUAUUUUAUAUAAUAGCUCUAUUUACAAUACAUGUUUUUAAUUAUGUGGAAUCAAGCUUA